AUGAAUUUAAAAAAUCUUUGGAUUAAAUCACUGAACGAACAUGUAGAGCCGCCUCCUGAACAGAUUCUAUCCGAUUUUAAAAUAGAGGAACCUCCACCUCCUCUAAGUAAUAUCGAAAGAACACCACAACAAGGAAUUUUAUCAAAUUUAAAUUUAACAGCACCAGUAAAACAGAAAAAAUUUAAACUUGAAGUUACAAAAGAAGAGCCGCCAUUAGAAAUUCCAAAACCAGUCGAAAAACCAAAACCGAAACCAGUAAAAAAAGAAAAAGUCGUCAAUUUCCAUCAUGGCAUGAAAAAACCAUUUCAUGUAGAAUUUUGUUUCGGAACUGGAGAAGUAUUUGAAGGAUUUAGGGAUCCAAAAACUCCAUUUACAAUUCCAAAUUUCUCUCUUUCACGUCCCGAAUAUUUUAGAGGAGAAGUUGAUGAAAUACCAGGACCUAAUGAGAUAUGUAGUUAUCAAGCUCAGUUAUACAGAGUUUCUAAAGAUGAAAAUACAAAUAAAGAAUUUUACGUAGAUAUAGGAACAGGUCGCAUUGCAAUACAGAAUAUUAAUAACAGUUAUAUACUAACUCUUAAUGCAAAUAACUCGCCAACGUCUCUCAGGUUGAUAAAAGGAAUUCAACCUAGAACAAAACCAGAAUCGUAUGUACAAAUAUUCGCGGAACAGAUACCAGCAAUGGAACCUUCAAUUUAUCUUAUAAGAUGCGCAAGUAAUCAAAAUGCAACUGAUUUUUGUAAAACAAUCUCUGAUUGCGUGUCUAUACCCUAA